UUUUGUCAUUAACCGGCCUGAAACAUGCGCUCAUUGGGAGUUCUGAGCGCCGCGCUGCACGCAUCUCUGCUGGUGCUGCUGCUGGCUCAGGGGAUCCACAGACCCCGGGAUGGAGCCUUCAUGAGGCCGCUGCACCGGUUCGCCGUGACCGAUCGAUCCACCGGGUUUCACCUACCGAGCUAUAUGAUGCACCUUUACCGGAAUUUCAAGUCAAACUUUUCCAGGCCGGUGGAUACUAUGGAGCAGGACGCAGCAAGACAAGCGGACACGGUGAAGAGUAUUAUGGCUAAAGGUCUGACCUACAGACAGAGUCACUGGGUGGUGACCUUUGACCUCCACGCCCUGCUGGCCGACAAGCAGAUCCAGGCAGCCGAGCUGAGGAUCAGGCUUCCUCGGACACCCACCGCCUCCAACAUCACCGUGGAGGUUUAUCACCAGCGCGGCCAGGAAAUGCAGCUGGUCGGGCAGCUCGCUGACUCAUCGCUGGUCACUUCGUCUCUGAGCUGGAAAGUGUUCAACAUGACGAGUCCUCUCUUGAGCUGGCUCAGGCAGAAGGCAACGGCGAGAAUACGGCACAAGAGAGGGUCAAGAAAAAGGAAAGCGAUGAAGAAAAAGAGAGGCCUGUCUCUUCCCGAUCGGCCCGUUUAUGUGUCGAGCUCGAGGAAGGAGCAUGACGUGAGCGACCGGGCCUUGCUGGUCGUCUUCUCGCACACGGGAUCUGAUGAAAACUCAAAGGCUAAAGCCAGUUUGCUCCAUACAGCCGAGCAAUCCAAGUUCUUGUCUCCUGCUGAGAUGAAAAAGGCCCACUGGCCCAAGAGGCGAAGGAGCAAACGUGGUCAGAGAGAACACACAGGAGGAAGCCUACAGGUGACUGAAAGAGAGAAGGAAAAGUCUCUCUGUCAUAAAGUAGAUCUUCACGUCGACUUUAAUCAAAUAGGCUGGGGGUACUGGAUCAUCUUUCCUAAGAGAUAUAACGCCUACCGCUGCGAAGGUUCCUGUCCAGGUCCUCUGGGAGAAGAUCUAAAUCCAACCAACCACGCAUAUAUGCAGAGUCUACUGAAACAUUACUACCCUGACAGAGUGGCAUCACCCUGCUGUGCCCCAACCAAAAUGAGCCCAUUAAGCAUGCUGUACUAUGAGAACGGAGAAAUGCUCCUUCGACACCACGAGGACAUGAUUGUGGAUGAAUGUGGCUGCCAGUGACGGCUAUAACCACUUCCAAACGUGUCCUGCAUUCCUCAGAAAUGCAGUGAUGUUUCUGAAAACAAAAGAAAACACUUAACCUGAAGGAAAAAAGCUCUUUGAUAUUUGUCACUGUGCACUGUAAGAUUAUAUCUCAUCUAUAUGUGCGGCGACACGACUUGAAAUUGUGAUGUGGGCUCUGGUUUGUAAGGAGGAUGUUGGUAUCUUUAGAUGUGCUGAAAUUCAAGCUCAAUAACAGCAUUAAGCUUUUGUCACAAUGUAGAAGUUCAUUCCCUUUAACUUAUCAAUUUCACCAGUGUAAACAUGAAAUGGCAAUAUUGUUGAAUAUUCCAGCACUGUUUUUAUUGUACAUUAUCAUUUGUGUUUCUGUAAAUUAAUGUAUAUUUAUUGUAAAUAAUUUUAAAAAAUGUAUUUAUGUAGAAUUUGCACAAAAAUGAAUGUGUUUUGUUACGCAUUUUGUUUGCAUGUGAGAAUUAAAAAGGUUCUAAAGUG